AUGACCCGCGCUCGCCGGCUUGCGGCUGUGCUCGCAGUCUCGGCGUUCGCGUUUGCUUGCUUUUGGUGGCAUCCGUUUCAUCCAGCCAACUCCAUCUCGCUGAAUAGUGACACAUGCGGCGGCGGCGGCGGCGUUGUUGUCGACUCAAACAGCGCGUUGCUGCUCCAGCUGGAGCAAGCCAAUUCUGAGCUGCUCGAGCUCAGACGUCGGUUGGCAGAAGCGCACCAACCGGCCAUGCCAACGCCCCAAUGCGAUUGCCAGUCGCACCAAUCCAUGCCUGCGUCCGAGGCUGCUCUUUCAGACCAAGAUCAGUCUGUGGCGAAUCACUUCCAGGACUUGGCUCAAGUUGCCGCCAUCUUUCGUUCGGAUAUCAGCCCGCCCGAGCCCUCUUCCACACAUCCGCAUCAAAUAUUCAUUGAGCUGGGAGGCCAUUUGCGCUCUCAAGGGCGGAAUUUGCGCAACUUUGAGAGCCUUGUCGCGUCGCUGCGGGAGCAAGGCGGCCAGGCCUUUGUCUCGGAGUACACCUGGUCCAAGCUGGACGACGAUACUCGAGCGACAUGGUGGAAGCAUAACGAAAUGGACUAUGUCGCCGAGCAGACCAAGAUCCACGGUCUGCCACGGGACAUUCUGUCCAAUCUGAUUCAGCCGGCAUUGAAGCGACUGCAGAUUCCUCACUUGGUUGUCGUUGGACAAAGCGCCACCGAGCGGGGCAAUUUUGAAUUCAACCGUUUUCGAUCGUGGCUAGGCGCGCAUCGGGCGACGCGGUUGUUGGCGCAACAGGAGGGCGUAGCAAUGCACCCGCACGAUAUCGUCUUGUCGACUCGGCCGGAUGUGCUGUUUGUCAAGUCGCUGAAACUGGCGCCGUUAGUUGCCUUUCUGAAGCGGAAUCCCAUGACAAUAUUUGUCAUUUCACACGAGCGCACUUACACGGGUGAGCACAAGAACGACCCAUCCGACGUCACAUGGAUUACCACUGUGCAGGCACAGGAUGCAUUCGUCUACAGCUUGCAAAGCUUUGGCCGGGCAGGGCCGUGUUCACCGGGAGCCGACCCGAGUUUGAAUUGGUUUCAAGUGCUCAUGUUCACUUGCACUCCAGUCACGCUGCGGUACAUUGCGCCAGAAAUGCCAGUAUUUCUCCAUCGACUGCACAACGUGACGCACCGCUUCCCGCAGGCAGACUUUCCUUACAUGGGCCACCUGGUGGUCGAUCCAAUUCCAUUUGACAUUGUUUCCACGCAAGUGUGCAAAAAGCCAUUCCGCGGCUUUCAGCGCACGCCACUUGAGCUGGUCUCGAAACGAGGAAAGGUUAUUUCUACAUUGAGCCAACUCACCCACACUGGCAACACGACUGUUGAGGUGAAACCGGGCGUUUCGCGACGAAUGCCAUCCCUCAAUCUCGAUGACGGUGAUGAUGGCGUUCCUCUGUGUCCGUUCAUCGACCGAGUCAAGACCGAAAUGUAUGGAGCCGAGGGAUUCUUUACCCAUGGCGAGGCCAUCGAUCCACAGACCAUUCCACGGAGGUGA